AUGUCAGCUGGCGGCCACCCGUACGGUCCUGCGGACCUUGAGCUCGGCUCGCGGCUCGCGGCUCGCGGGGUCCCGCUCAAGUCCCUCACCACCCCCUCCCGUCUCCUCCUCCCCCCUCUCCCCCCCUCUCCCCCUCCUCCGCCCCCGAUUCUAGAAACUGCCGCGAUCCGGCGCUGGACAGGGUCGCGCGAUCCGCGCUGGAGAAGGUGGAUCCGCGCUGGAGAAGGUGGAUCCGCGCUGGAGAAGGUGGUGAGCGCAUCGAACAUUGGAGUGACCGAAGACGAUCUGGUCUGUGGGGGAUUCCUCCUCAUGAUCGCAUGCGACGCGCAGGGCCGUGUGACCGGCGUGUUGCUGCCCCAAAUGGAUGCCAUUCCAUCUGACAUUGUUCAACUCUCGCGCCUGGAAACACUGAGCAUGGAAGGGGUGAAUGCCAUGCCCAGCCUGCCUUCCGUCCUGGGCGCUCUCACUUCGCUCACCCGCCUUAACCUUAUCUCAGCUGUCAGUGGCGGCACCAUCCCUGCAUCCUUCACCCGACUCAAGAAAAGGCAGCGUUUGAUUCUAAAUGGCAACAAUUUGGAGGGUGACAUUGCUCCCUUGCUCUCCUCACUCACUGCUCUCACACACCUGUCGCUCGGUUUCAACAAAUUCUCCUCCUCCAUCCCCGCUAAAAUCUCCAAGCUCCAGAAGCUCGUUACACUUGAUCUAUCGCGCAACCGAAUCUCCGGCUCCCUAACCCCCCUCACAGCCAUGCCACAGCUGAGAAAAAUCAAUCUUGAAUUCAAUCUGCUCAACGCAAACCUGCCCACCUCGCUCGCCAAACUCAAGAGGCUAACUGAACUGUCCCUUACAGACAACAAAAUCAGCGGGUCGGUGCCUCGGGCCAUCUCAAGCCUCUCUAACCUCGUGCUGCUGUACCUGGGAACCAACAACAUCACGGGUACUAUCCCAUCCGCCAUUGGCUCUCUCAAGAAACUCGUCGCCUUGGACCUCUCAUACAACCCCAUAUCAGGCAGCCUGCCGGCAGCCAUGGGCUCCCUCAAAUCCCUCAGAAUGCUCAACUUGCCCUACAACCAGCUCUCCGGCUCAUUCCCCGGCUUCCUCGCUAACCUGACGUUUCUCACUUUGAUUGACAUGAGUGGUAACCAGAUCAGCGGCUCCCUCCCAUCCUCGUUAGGAGACUUCACAAACCUCUUCAGAUUGCAACUAUCCAACAACAGCAUCACUGGCAGCAUCCCAGAGGCUAUGGGCCGCCUUUCCGGACUUGCCUACCUUCAACUUGGAGGGAAUCAACUGUCGGGGUCGCUGCCGGCUUUCUUUUCACAGCUCACAUCGCUUGAUACCGUCGACUUGAGUCGCAACAGCCUUUCUGGCCCACUCCCUCCCUCUGCCUUCAACUGGUCUCUCUCCCUGGUGGACCUAUCUGGGAACGGCCUGGCAGGGGAGCUUCCUGCUUAUCUUGGCGACUAUGUUGCAGAGAUAGACGUGGAUAGCACACUCACUUGCCCCGCAGAUGGAACACCCUGCUCGAUCCAGCUCAAGAGGAGGGCUGCUGCAUAUUAUCCCAACGACUUCUGUCUCCGCGUUUGCCCCUCCUUCUGCCAAACCUGUGUUGCCCCGCCGGAUGAUGGCUCGGGCGGGGGAUCAGACGGAGGCUCGGGGGGAGGGUUGGGAGGAGGGUUCGGUGGGGGGUUUGGUGGGUUCGGGGGAGGGUUGGGUGGGAGUAGCAUUGGAGUUUUGGGUAGCACUGGGGGGUUUAGUACUAAUGGGGGGGGGAUGGAGGGAAGGAAAGGCUUGACUAGUUUUGGUUUGGUUGGCAAAAGAGGUGCUUAUGGGAAAGGGCACCAACACUAG